AUGCAGCGCGUCGCCGCGGCGAUGGAGGGCACGAAGGAUUACGGAUAUUUUACCGACCCGAAGAUGGCGAACGCGCUUCGUCGGGCGGCCGCUGGAAACGGAGGGUUCGCCACGGCAGCCUCCAUUCCUGAACAUGAGGAGCCGAGUAUAAUUGAUCGCGGGCCGCACGACGCGGCGGCCGCCGCGAAGGUGGUGUGGGAGCGGGGUCAAACCAACCUUCAGCGCGCUUCGGCGCUUCCGACGCUGAAUGAAUAUGGCCAACGGGUCGUGCACUACAACGAGAAGCCUAAGGAGUACUUCAAGGCCCGCACCAACCUCCCAACCAUUCGCACCAUUGAUAAGAUUGAGGUUGUACGCCAGGAAGAUGAAGUGCUUAUUUGGUUUGUUGGGAAAUCCUUUCUGAGGCAACAAAUCCGUAAUAUGGUGAGCGUGCUGAGGGCUACUGGGCAUGGUUUGUGGGAUGACUUCGAUUUGCAAUGUGCGUUUACAACUGGCUUUGAGACGUCGCGCAAGAAAUUCAAACGUGAGCGACUCCCUCCCGCGCCUGUGCAUGGUCUGACGUUAUGGGACAUCGAAUACCCACGUGAAUAUCGUGAGGAUUUCAUGCCCUUUGUCGACUCCGGGCCCUACGAGGAGGUGAACACUUCAUUGAUUAACUAA